GGGGGGAGCCGCCGUGACGCUGUCGGUCGCUGUCGUAUAAAAACGACCGCCGGACUCCAAGGUUGUUUAGAGAAAGCGCCGCUUCUUUACAGCUCAGUUUAGGGGCAAGCUUGGCCCGGUUCAGCUGGAUUCGGACCUGGUCGGGCAGAUUUUUGUUUUUUUUAGUGUUGUUAUUUGCAGUGAAGGGAGUAUUGUCGUUUCGUAGGCACGAAUUAAAGACGUCUCUCUUGUAUUGGCUUGGAAGAUCGUGUGAAUAGGCAGAUACAGACACAGUACAGCAGCAGGCAAAGACAAAAAACAGCUUUCUAGUUUUGAACGCUUUUGUUUUCUUCGGGGUGCUGAGUGCUGGGGCAGACACGAUAUAGAAAAUAAAGCGGAUAUGAAUUUAGUUCUGUGUCCUGUGGAGUACAAGAUAUAGGCUCGUGUACAAACAUAAUGAAGCUUUGAAAUCCUGACAUUCAUUGAUUAUUCGGAUUAGCAAUUGUUGUUUUUUUUUAGUCUUUAAUACUAUUAUGAUUUGCAAUAAUUUGAAUUCGUAUCCGUUUAGCAGCGCACCGGUGCAGUGUGAUAGAUUCAGAAAAAUACGUUGUUUACCAAAGACUACCAACCUGCAUACAUUAUAACAUCCAUAUAUAUAUAUAUAUAUAUAUUUUUCUUUUACACAACCUAUCUCAUCUCAUCUAAACAGAUAUUUCUUUGCCACAAACCACAGAAUUGCACUUUACAGUUGACUCGUAUGCAAAGGUCUUAAUUGCUAAAGUUGAACGAUCGAUUACUGUAAAGACUGAAUCAUGAUUAUUGUUAUAAUUUGAAUAUAUAUAUAUAUAUAUUUAUUGAGAUUCUUUCUACACGUGCCUUUUACGUUUAUUUUAUUUUUUUAUCGUUGUUAGAAUUUGUGGUGCAGACACAAAUAACGAUAUACAGUAUUAGUGUAGCUAUAUAUAUAUAAAAACUCAACCACCACAUUUCAUAGUCAUAUUAUAAGUAUAAAUAUAUAGAUAGGUAUAUAGCACUCCUUUGUGUUUUUGGUUACAAGUAAAAAAAAAAUACCCCAAAUCGCCAAAAUGACAGACGGACCUCGUCAGCGGGGGAACGCAGCGGCGGCGGCCGGCGAUGGCGCCCCUGAAUCCGGCAAGGAGAGCUCAGGAGGGGCCAGUGUGGCUCUGAAAAAGGAAAUCGGACUCCUCAGCGCUUGCGGAAUAAUUGUCGGUAACAUCAUCGGCUCUGGGAUCUUCGUGUCACCGAAGGGGGUGUUGGAGAACGCUGGCUCUGUGGGGAUGGCGCUGGUGGUGUGGAUCGUCACAGGACUCAUCACGGCUGUGGGGGCGCUGUGCUACGCAGAGCUGGGGGUCACCAUCCCCAAAUCAGGGGGAGACUACUCCUACGUCAAAGACAUCUUCGGGGGACUGGCUGGUUUUCUACGGUUGUGGAUCGCUGUGCUGGUUAUAUACCCCACGAACCAGGCUGUCAUUGCCCUGACCUUUUCGAACUACGUGCUCCAACCCCUCUUCCCUACCUGCUUCGCACCCGAGUUAGGGCUGCGGCUGCUGGCGGCAGUCUGCCUGUUGCUCUUGACCUGGGUGAACUGUGCCAGUGUGCGCUGGGCCACGCGAGUGCAGGAUAUAUUCACUGCCGGGAAACUGCUCGCCCUCGGACUCAUCAUCAUCAUGGGCUUCGUGCAGAUCUGCAAAGGUCAGUACUACUGGCUGGAGCCAAAGAAUGCGUUUGAGAAUUUCCAGGAGCCGGAUAUUGGUCUGAUUGCCUUGGCGUUUCUGCAAGGCUCUUUCGCUUACGGGGGCUGGAACUUCCUGAACUACGUGACCGAAGAGCUGGUCAACCCCUACCAGAACCUCCCUCGUGCGAUCUUCAUCUCCAUCCCUCUGGUCACCUUCGUUUACGUCUUUGCCAACAUCGCGUAUGUGACGGCGAUGUCACCCCAGGAGCUCCUCGCCUCCAACGCAGUGGCAGUGACGUUUGGUGAGAAGCUGUUAGGAGUCAUGUCGUGGAUCAUGCCCAUCUCCGUGGCUCUGUCCACCUUCGGAGGAGUCAACGGUUCACUCUUCACCUCCUCCAGGUUGUUCUUUGCUGGGGCGAGAGAGGGGCACCUCCCCAGUCUGCUAGCCAUGAUUCACAUCAAACGCUGCACCCCCAUCCCAGCGCUGCUGUUUACUUGUGUCUCCACCCUGCUCAUGCUUGUCACCAGUGACAUGUACACCCUCAUCAACUACGUCGGCUUCAUCAAUUACCUCUUCUACGGAGUCACUGUCGCCGGGCAGAUUGUGCUGAGAUACAAACAGCCUGACUUGCAUCGGCCAAUCAAGGUCAAUCUGAUAUUCCCAGUGAUAUAUCUGCUGUUCUGGGCAUUCUUACUGGUUUUCAGUCUAUGGUCGGAGCCCAUAGUGUGCGGAAUUGGACUGGCCAUCAUGCUAACUGGGGUCCCAGUUUACUUCCUGGGAGUGUACUGGAAAAAUAAACCCCAGUGCUUUAACAACUUCGUAGACUCAAUGACCUACUUCGGACAGAAGUUCUGUGUGGUGGUCUACCCCGCGGAGAAUGAAAAGAACGAGUCGGAGGAGAAGAGCGAGCAGCGGACCCCCAUCUACACACCCCCGGGAGGGGGGGAGGGGGAGGGGGAGGGGGAGAAGGGGGGAGAGAAGGCGGACAACUGCUAAGCGGACACACUGUUAGUCACACACACACACACACACACACACACACAGACACACACAGACAGAGUCACAUAUGCACAGACAGACUCAGACACUCACUCACUCACUCACUCACUCACUCACACACACACAGACAGAGUCACAUAUGCACAGACAGACUCAGACACUCACUCACUCACUCACUCACUCACUCACUCACACACACACAGACAGAGUCACAUAUGCACAGACUGACUGACACACACACACACACACACGCAGAGUCACAUAUGCACAGACAGACAGACUGACACACACACACACGCAGAGUCACAUAUGCACAGACAGACUCAGACACUCACUCACUCACACACACACACACACAGACAGAGUCACAUAUGCACAGACUGACUGACACACGCACACACACACACGCAGAGUCACAUAUGCACAGACAGACAGACUGACACACACACACACACAGAGUCACAUAUGCACAGACUGACUGACACACACACACACACGCAGAGUCACAUAUGCACAGACAGACUCACACACUCACUCACUCACUCACUCACACACACACACACACAGACAGAGUCACAUAUGCACAGACAGACUCACACGCACACACGCAGAGUCACAUAUGCACAGACAGACUCACACACACACACGCACACACGCAGAGUCACAUAUGCACAGACAGACUCACACACAAACGCACACACACACGCAGAGUCACAUAUGUACAGACUGACUGACACACACACACACACACACACACACACACGCAGAGUCACAUAUGCACAGACAGACUCACACGCACACACGCACACACGCAGAGUCACA